AUUUGCAUCUAUUCUAAGACACGUUUCAAAAGUGCCCCUUAGCAUUUUUCAUGCAUAAAAACCCACUCCCCUUCCCUUCAUUCCCUUCACCUCAUAUGCAAAAGCCUUUCAAUUUUCCUUCAAACAAAACCAUCUUUAUAACUCUCUGUUAUCACCAUAGAAAAUCCUACACAUUUUUCUAACUUUGCCAUUCAAAUAUUAAUCUCUUUUAACACAAAAAACACUUUGUGUUUCUAUUGUUAGCCAUGUGCAAUCCAAAGCCAUCUUCACCAACAUCACCAUUUCUUUCUCCAACAAAAACUCACCUCAUAAAUCCUCAUACCAAAUCUGUUUAUUCCAAUCCUACCCUUGAUGAUGAUCUUGUUCAAGAUGAACUUCAAAGAUGGCCUACUCUUAAAGAGGCCUUAACAGAAAUCAAAGAAAUAGGAAAAAUAUCUGGUCCAACAACAAUAACAGGUUUAUUGCUAUAUUCAAGAGCUAUGAUCUCAAUGAUUUUUCUUGGAUACCUUGGUGAGAUGGAACUAGCAGGAGGUUCACUUUCAAUAGGUUUUGCAAACAUCACUGGUUACUCAGUGAUAUCAGGAUUAGCCAUGGGAAUGGAACCAAUUUGUGGACAAGCUUAUGGAGCAAAACAAUGGAAAAUACUUGGAUUAACACUUCAAAGAACAGUUCUUCUUCUUCUUUCAACUUCAAUCCCUAUCUCAUUCAUUUGGUUCAACAUGAAAAGAAUCCUUUUGUUUUCAGGUCAAGACCAAGAAAUUUCAUCAAUGGCACAAACUUUUAUACUUUUUUCAAUACCUGAUCUUUUUCUACUAUCAAUUCUUCAUCCUUUGAGAAUCUAUUUAAGGACUCAAGGAAUAACAUUGCCAUUAACAUAUUGUUCAGCUGUUUCUGUUUUGCUUCAUGUACCUCUUAAUUUUCUUUUAGUGGUUCAUUUUCAAAUGGGAAUUGCAGGGGUGUCAAUAGCAAUGGUUUUGACUAAUUUAAACCUUGUUAUUUUACUUUCAUCUUUUUUGUACUUCUCUAGAGUUUAUAAAGACUCUUGGAUUUCACCAAGCUUAGAAUGCAUUAAAGGGUGGUCAUCAUUGCUUUCGCUCGCUAUUCCAACUUGUGUUUCGGUUUGUCUGGAAUGGUGGUGGUAUGAGUUCAUGAUAAUGAUGUGUGGACUUUUGGUUAAUCCUAAAGCAACUAUUGCUUCAAUGGGAAUUCUCAUUCAAACAACAUCUUUGGUUUAUGUUUUUCCAUCAUCACUUAGUCUUGGUGUUUCAACUAGAAUAGGGAAUGAGUUAGGUGCAAAUAGGCCACAAAAAGCAAGAAUUUCAAUGAUAGUUUCACUAUUUUGUGCAAUAAUUUUAGGACUUGGAGCUAUGCUAUUUACAACAUUGAUGAGAAACCAAUGGGGGAAAUUCUUCACAAAUGACAAAGAAAUUCUUGAACUAACAUCUAUUGUGUUACCAAUUGUUGGACUCUGUGAGCUCGGAAAUUGUCCGCAAACAACAGGUUGUGGUGUUCUUAGAGGAAGUGCAAGACCAACAAUCGGCGCUAACAUAAAUUUGGGGUCAUUUUACCUUGUUGGUAUGCCGGUUGCAAUCUUUUUAGGAUUUGUUGCUAAAUUUGGGUUUGCAGGGUUAUGGAUUGGGUUACUUGCAGCUCAAGGCUCAUGUGCUAUGCUUAUGUUAGUUGUUCUUUGUAGAACUGAUUGGAAUUUGCAAGUUCAAAGAGCUAAAGAACUCACAAAAGAUUCAACAAUAACUACUACUUGUGAUGAUGAUGUUGAUGCUAAAUUACCUACAUUUAUGGAAGGUAAUAAUAAUAUGAACAAGAAUAAGGUUCAUGGUUGUCUUGAAGAAAUUGUGAUCACUCAUGAUGAAAAAGAUCCACUUAUCAUAACAACUACUACCACCAAAUCCAAUUACAUUGAAGAUUAGUUAACAAGAGUUUUCUUUUUCUUUUUUGUAACCAUUUUUUUUACCUUCAUUAUAAUGGAGUGUAUUGUAGGACAAAUUAUCCCUCUCCCUCUCCUCCCAUUUUUUUUGUUUUUCAUUUCUUGGUUUCUUUAGGUUGUAUUAUUACUAAUAAUAAUAGCCAUUGAGGGAGAGAGAAAAAAAAAUCUGAAUGUACUUUCAAUUUUUAGAUAAAUUAAGUAUCAUUUGUGGUAAAUAAAAUUCAUUUUAAGGAUAAUUGAGAUCUAUUUUAUCGUUGA